GAUUUUAUGGCAGAAAUACGCAAAGAUCAAUGAAAAAGCCAAAGCUUCAUAGGAGGAGGGUGGUGGAGGGAUGUGAUGGAGAGAGAUGACGGAGGGGGUGCAGGAAUAUGAGUGUGUAUGCAUUUUCAAGGCGGUCUUUCUGUUGCAAGAAAAAAAAAAACAGUCUAACAGGAAAACGAAUAUCUGGAGCUGCUGAUGGAGGAAUGGAGCUGCAUUUCAGUGACGAGAAACGACGCCUGAAAAGUCUUCGCGCGUGAAAGGAAGCUUGAGAGAGAGAUGUUUCGUUUUAGUUGGACAUAGGUGGAAGCACCUCAGCGGUGUGUGAAAGAAGAGGGAGAGAGAGGGGAACAAGAGAGCGGAGGGGGCGGGGGUGUAUGGACCUCGCUUGUUACGGGACCCACAGGCACCCCGAUUGUGCUCCGCUCUCAUCAUUUCUGGAGGUGUAAGGACAAAAGAAAAGAAGAAGAAGAAGAAGAAGAAAAGGCCCUGGAUCUGGGUGUCGUGACGGGGCCCCCGACUUCGCCGCCGCCGCUUGGUUCGGGGUUGUCUGGACUCGGAAGGCUAAGGGGAAAAGCGGCGGAGCGGUCCACUCUAGGCUGGGGUUUCCUGCCACAGCAGCGGGAUUGUCACAAAACAGCCUUUCACUCUUCGAGGGGCCUUGUAUUGCUGCGUUUCCAGAACAACAUCGGAUGGAAACAAAUGUAUGUGAGUGGAUUUACUGAAAAAAUGAACUGGAAUUGAUGGAAUCUGAAGUGCAAUAAAUGGAUUACCCUUAUUUUGAAAAACUGCCAUGGAUCUAUUUAAAGUUAAAUGACGGUUGACAAAGAACAGCAAAAGUGAAUGCUGAAGACGCUGGGGGGCACCGAGAGCAGUCUGAAUACAGACAGAAAAAAAGAGUCCAGAAAAAGGGUCCAAAUGCAUAUAAAGACCAAAUGAGUGCAAGAAACAUUUCCUCUGUCAUCCAACAGCUGACCAGAAUAUCCAUGGAGACUUUGCCUAUUGGAAUGAUUAGCGAGGAUCUCCAUUUAGACGUCUUGAUUCUCUUCGGUGGAUUUUUAUGCCACACAGAUGUGAGUCAGAUCCACAGAAACUCACACACAAAGAGAAGCUAAAGUAUCACUGCAACAGAGCGCCUCGUGUGUGUCUUUUGAGACAUUUUUUAAAAGUUUGUUUGAAUUUUUACUUUUCGAUUGCAACAUUUGUGGAACUUAUCCAUAUGAAGACAUUUGAAGUUGAAUAUCUCUGCUGGUGAUGUGGAAGUCAAUGAUAUCACUUUGGCAGUGCCAAACGACUUUUGCGUUUUAGAAAUGAACUUUUGCUUCUCUGCAUGUCUCUUUAAAAAAGGCUUUGGAGACUAGCAAACGACAUACAGUCACACUGAACUUGAACUAUUUUUUAGGAUUUUGGACAUUCUCUGGUCACUGUUAAAAUCAUCAACAGUUCAACAAUUUACCCUAAAGAUUUUGACAUCUGUGAUAUCAAUGUAUAGUUUUUGCCUUUUCUUGUUUUCCUGCCAGGCUGUAGACUCUCUUCAUGGUUACUGCUAUAAGCCUGCCAGUUUUUCAGUCUGAAUCAUUCCCUGCUAUAGAGACUUACAGAUAUUUCCUUUUUUUAAUCUGAAAUUGGCGGACAAAAUGCAGAAUUUCUCCAACAGCCCAGCUCCACCCACAAUACCUCCUGGAUUCAGCGGGAGGAGUGUUGGCGGAUCGCCGUAUCCCCCUCAGUCAGUGGAGCCCCAGAUCUCUCCGAGAAUGACGGAAGAUUACGUAGGGAUGCAGCAGCAGAGCAUUCACAGAGGCCCCCAACACCCGAGUCAAGCCAGCCACCUGCUUGCAUAUGGCGCAAGAAACAGAGGAGCUUUGGAGCCACCGCCAACACAGGGUAACGUCCACACCGGCAACAAUAACAACCCCUACAGGAAGGAGGUUAUGGAUUAUUAUUUUUCAAUGGGUGGAAAAGACAGACACAGGAGGGGAGGUAUGGGUUACGGGGGAGGUUUCGGGUAUUCCAGUAUUGAUGGACAUAUACCUCACCAGUAUCGACAUCCUGGAUCCGGUUCUGCUACGUCAUCUGGCCUGAUGUCCCCUUACCCAGUGGAUUAUGGCUCUACUGCCGGUUCAGUGGCAACUGCAGGAGCCUUCUCUCCUUCUCAUCAAUACAAUAUGAAUCAGAACCCUGUGAUGCAGACAGUUCCAGGUUCUCAAAUGCAACAGCGCCAGCACGGACAAAGCUUUCCUCCUGUCCACAAUACGCAGCAGCAAAGAACCUACCAACACUCUGGGCAUAGGAUGACCCCACAGUACCCUCAUUACUCUCCACAGGGGGGAGCGUCCACAGGGUCGUCUGGAAUGUACAGCCCACCUCUGCAGAGAUAUCUGGAUGGAGCUGCAAACGCCAGCUUUGAUCCUAAAGUCAACAGUUCCCCAAAUGUCAAUGCUAGCUCCAAUUCUAUUGCUGCUAAUAAUAAUAAUGUUGGGACUAUGGAGAAUGUUCAGCAGAGUUACCCAGCUUCGAAUUACUCUGGAUAUCUCCCAAAGUCUCAUUCACUUCACAAGCAAGCCACACUACAGCACAGAAACUCGCAGCAUAGUUUAGGGGUAGGUUAUGACGGUUCUCUGAAAAUGCCUCACCAGGGUCCAUCUUCAGGUGCUGUUUAUGCUAAACAUCAUCAAGCCUCCAACCCAAGUAUAGCUCAACCAUCCUCCCAAGAAAUAGCUAAAUCCCCUAUGCAUUCUAAUGCGCAGCAGACUCAAAUGAACCAAAACUUUAGCCCGAUAUCCAACCCCUCCCCUGCUGCCUCUGCAGUUCAUUCCCCCAGCUGUAGCUCUUCUCCUUCCCCUCUAAUGGGGGUCUCUGAGGCACUUGGAAAUGCUUCAAAUCAAGUUCCUCCUAUGUCAAGCACCCGUAGCAGCCACGGCCAUGGUAGGCUAUUGCACGCCGCACCUCAGUUAAGUCCUACACCCAACUCGAACAGCAGUAUCAGUAGUUGUGGCAGCAGUGGCAGCCAAAAAGCUCACAGCCUGAGUGCAGUCGGAGGGAGCAGUCUACCUCCAGUGGGUCGAACUAAAAUGAGCCAGGGAUCCCGAGAGGAAGGCUCCUCUGUUUAUUCCACUUCCUCUGUUGACAGAAUGCAGGAUGCCGGCCUGAAUAGUCUCAAUGCCUUGAGCUCCCAAGUAGCCAAUUUACCAAACACAGUUCAGCACAUGCUCCUUACUGACACAGUUUUCUCGCAUAAGAAGAGAGACGGGGGGCAAACGCCACAGGCAGCACACUGCGUGCCCCCAUCGCAACCCAGGAGUCGGAACUUAAGCGCAGCCUCAAGCAGUAGCACAGUCAAAGACAUAAGGACGGGUGACGGGGCUGAGGAAGACUCUUCUUUGAUGCCCACCGGAGCACCAUUGGGGACCAAAGUGGAGCGAGAAGAGCAGCUGUCUGAGGGGGAGCAUGGGAGAGUGAGGCAAGUGAGCGGUGCGAGCACUGGGUCAGAAGCAACAGGCUAUAAUCCAACCCAAACACAAACUGGACAGGCCUGUAAUGUUAAAAGAGUUGUCCUUGAUACACAUUCAAAAGAAGCAUCAGUCACAGAAACUAAAACAAAAGAAACUAACACUCCUUCAUCAGCAGCAUCACUAUCCUCUGAGGGUGGCCUGACUCUACAUUCAGCACCUCCAGUUUCGUCAUCCCCCUCCUCCUCCAGUAUUCUUCCUGCCACAGCACAGAAUUGUGUCCCAGAAACUGGUUUGGCAUACAAUGACCACAGAGGUAGGGAAAUUAAAAAGGAAAAUGAAGUAGCAGCUGAAAAAACACAGAAGGUCAGCAGCCAAAUGCAACAAGAUGGAGGAGUCAGUGCAAAAAAUGGCCAGGAGAAGGAAAGUAUGUUUCACUCUGAAUUGCACAGUAAGAAGAAGAAAGAAAAACAGGCAUCAGAGGAACAGCAGAAUGUUAGUAGUGUUGGUGUGAUUGUUUCAAGUCACACUGACAAAAGUAGGCAUCCCCAAGACAACUGUGUAGAAGAGAAAGUGUCACUCUCUUAUUUAAAAGAGGCAAGCAGUCAUAAUGGGGAGGAUGGUGUAGAUCUUAGUCUGUAUUCGUCCCAUCAUCAAAAGUCAAACAGUGGGAGAUCUCAGAAUCCUCCCCAGCCUGCUUCACAUAAAUACAGCUACUCAGAAUCCACAUAUGGCUCAGAUAUGUCUAUGAAAAACAGAGCAAGGGCCAGUUCAGCUUCUGUAAUGGAAACAAACCCCAGAUACAUUGGGUACCAGCACUCACAAACUGGUUACGUUCCUGUGCAUCCAAAAGAUGGAUCUGGUUCUGUUGCCGAGACCCUGAUGAAGAAAGGUCAUGGGGCGGGGUCUAAAGCUCAGGAAGAGAACUCACAGAUGCAGCAAUUCCCGAGUCUCCUGCAAGAGGUUCUUCAGGGUUACAAUUUAGAUAGACGUUAUGGUAGACCAGAGCAGACAUUCCCUGCACGCCAUCAAGCCCCACAGCAGUUUCCAACCAGACAUUCACUUGGCAUGACUGAGGGUACACGGAUACACAGUGGAGUACCUGAGGCUUCAUCUUAUUCAGCUCAAAUUGGUAAGCCCACAAAUCAGAAACAUGGAAGUGACCCAGAUUUUACAGAUACUCAGUCCUUAGUCAAAUCAGAGGUCUCCAAUCCAAAAAGUCUUCAAAAUGCUGAAAAACCCAACAUGGGCCAUUUAACACAGACUGCAGAUUCUCAGCAACCCCCAGCUAAACACAUCAACUUAUCUGACUACUCUAUGCCACAGAGAAAAACACUAUCCAAUGUACAGGAGCUCUUGUUGCAAGAGCCUGAAAUGUUAACUCUCACUUCUAAAACCGAGCCUCAGAAGUCAGCGGGUUCCAUAGUAGCCAAGUCAGAACGGCGAACCGUCAUCUGCGAUGUGUCGCCGAACCGGCGUGGCACACCAGAAAGGGAGGGGGAAAGAGAAAGGGAACGGGAGAAAAGUCAGAGCGGAGCCUCAGUGAUUCAGCAACCAUUUUCUUCACCGGAAGCACCCAGUGAUCUCAGUAAAAAGGAUGUUGGAGAAAAACGAGUGGUGAAAAUAGAAACUGUUUCCAAAGAGGCUGGAAAUUCACAAACUGAGAAUCAUGGCAGUGAAUCUGAGGUGGAGUAUCAUUCCAAAACUUCUCAUUUGUCAAGUGGAGUGAGUGCUGACCCCUACAGGCGAGGCACUGUCGAUAUAUCUCCCAUGCCCUCCCACCCUGUGAGCAUGACUGCUAUGUCAUCACCAACAAGGCAUCAUUCAUAUCUCCAUGGAGUCGAUCUGUCAUCUGGCAGCAGCGGUACAUUUCCUGGAUAUCAAUAUAGAGACUCGAGAGAAGACGUGAUGUCACGCAGGAAUCUGCACUUUCCUUCUCACCAUCCCUUCCACCAUUUAGCAUCUCAAUCCACCAGUAAGCUCCAAAUGUACCCACACCCACGUGGCCCACCUCAUCCUUCUCAAGACAUGAGUGAAUGGCUAAAGGCCAUAAACAGGCCUCCAAAGGAGAUGAUGAUGCAGCAGGGAACUUCUCCUGGGAGACACAAGGUUAACCAAUCAGAGCAGAGACAGCGACUGAUUCCGCCGGCUGACAUGCAAGUUGAACACACAAACAAAUCUCAGUCAGUGCAUCAUCAGAAUCCUUACUAUGAUAUAAAAAUGUGGGAGUCGACAAAUCCUGGAAGAGAGGGCGCUCGAUUGAUGGAGGGAGAUUCCUACUAUAGAGCACAACCUCCUCCACUUCCUGCCUCUACUCCUGUAGCUUCACAGAGCCACGCUGUGACUCAAAUGACUCACGGCCACAAUGCUGUCAAACUCGAAGCAUCCAAAGGAGCCACAGAAGAGGCCAAACACCCCUGCCCACCUCCCCCACCCAUCUCCUCUAAACCUUCUACAGAAACCAACACCACACAGGUGCAGCGUCCGACAAAAGCCGGAGGUUCCGGAGACACAAACCCUCUAAUAUUAAGAAGAAGGGUUCGCUCUUUUAUCUCUCCCAUUCCUGCAAAAAGACUGCACCAGGACACACCUCAGCAGAGAGCCGCUACAAACUCUCAUCACUCCCCUGGAGCUCGGUCAGAGCCCAGCCAUCACAAUGACGAUGACUCAUCCAACCCAGAAGUGCCGUGUCCUCGGCUCUCCUCCCCACAGCCAGGUGAGAACACCUUCAUACAACCACUGUCUCCAUCAGGUGGUAACACUAAGGUUUUGGCUGCCAGAAAAGGGCGAGGCUUAAAACUGGAGGCAAUAGUGCAGAAAAUCACCCCAAAUAUUAAAAGGCCAACAGGCCCCACUGAUGAUGAAUCAAAUCAUUACCCUGGUUUCUUGCACUCAGAAAUACCUAUAUUUAAUGAGUCACAGGACCAAGACUUGGCACAUUUCCCCAGAGUUGCAGGAGGGGAGGAUAGUUACAUGGAUGAAAGUCAUUCAUUAAAUAACAUGAUUCCAUUCAGAGGAGUUGAUGAAAGUGGGUCUUUACCACCAUCUUCCUUCCCAUGUGAAUCCCAUCAGACAUCUCAAGUCAAGCAGCAAGAUUUCGACUUUGGGUUGGGGACCUCUGUGGUAUCUGCAUCUGGUGACAAGGAAGACUUUGCUUUGCUCGGACCAUUACCUCCUCCCCCACCUCUUCCCCGCCCGGUCCAGGGUUCUCCUCCAUCUUCGUCUGCCUUGUCAGACAUUCAGCAUUUUACAAACACUUACCAGCAGCUUGAGACACGAAGGGGAGAGCAGUCUGCUGCUAACCUCCUUCGACAAAAACUCCAAGAAUCUGGCAUGGGAUUUGAGGAUUACCCUAACAGUGAGUACUACGGGACCACCCUGCCCCACCAAGGCCACAUGCUGAACAGACAACAUCAGAUGUCCUCUGGACGGUCCAGUCUGUCACCGACAGACUCAAAGCCAUUAGAGAAUGUUGUGCCCAAGGGCUAUUUCCCUUCUGGCAAGAAGAAGGGCAGGCCAGUUGGAAGCGUGAAUAAGCAAAAACGGGCUCAAAUCCAAGUCCCGGUGCAGGUCCAGGCUCAAGCCCAACCACAGAGCACAGCUCUAAGCGAUCCCCCGGCUCCAACCACUCCAACUCCGUCAACCCCAGCACCUGCCUCCACCCCACCAGCAACACAGCCUCCCAGCAGCACUUCAACACCCCCUGCACCAACUCUGUCAGAAAAUGCAAACACCCCCCCUAUAGCCCCUCCUGUUCUGACCCAGGUGGUAAAAGCUGAUGUUGAGAGUGAGGACACGCAGCUGGAAAUUGAGGUGAAACAGGUGCGACGCAGACGCAGAGGUGCAAAAGUUGAUAAUGAACAGCUAGAAGCUAGGGGGCAGCAGAGGAGGAGGAGGAGAGCGCCGGUAGCCACCGCACCACCAGUGUCUAAAGAUGAGCCAGAUCCACCUUUAGGGGCAGGGGGUAGUUUUGGCUCAAGCAGAGGUUUCACAGAUCCAAACAGAAAAGGCCUGUUCAUUCCUCACAUACAUGUGGAGAAACAAAUACCUGAGAUUGGAGCAGUGUGCACCAUUGUGAAUGCUGAGGAUGACAAGAUGAAAGGAGAGCGCAGUGCAGCGGGGGGAAAAGCAGGAGGUGGUGGAAUUGAUUCGCUCCUGCCCUCAGCUCUUUCCUCUCAGUUAUCUCGGAGAGACAGAGAGUCGGAGAAAAGGGAGAUGGAUGAGGUGGAGACCACGCUUCAGUCGGGCAAAGCACUUCCUUCAUCUGGCUAUGUCGUUACAGGGCCUGUGAUCACAGAGACCAAUCACUCUGGCCGCCUGCUAUGCUGCCUGUGUCAGAAAUGGGCAAACUACAAACAUCUCGGAGAUCUCUACGGGCCGUACUAUCCAGCUGAAUAUGCCGCAAAGCUCCCCAAGAACCAGCCCCAGAUCAGACAGUGUCAGGCCACCACGGGCCCAAACAAAACUGGACCAAAUUUAGACACGAACACUUUGAGUACACUCCAAGUCACACAAACACGGCUUGCUCAGUUCAACAAGCCCUCAUCUGAGAACAACAAUUGCAGCUCAAACCCAGGAGACAGAACUGCCUCCACGGCUGUGACAGAGGAGAUGAUGAUGAUGAUGCAUAUGCCUGGAAAGCUCAGUAACCCUAACCCUGUUAAAACACCUUUGACCCGGGAUAAAAACUCUGAUAUCCGACCUAUCCCUGAGCUUAAGAAAGAGCCAGACCUCGAAAGCGAUCAGCAGCAGGCACAGAAGCAGCCACAGCAGCUGACAGAUGACACUCAGCAGCGACCUCAGCACAGAAAGCUGACCUCACAUCCCCGUUUUAAAAGGCGGCACAAGUCCAGCGAGGAUUCCCCCAGGAUGGUGCCAUCCAACAGUAAGGCUUCCCUGCCCUUUCAGCCCCCUCCACCUGCAUUGGACUCUCUGGGACCCUUGGCACAACUCGCACAGCUGCCACAGAUGCCCAUGGACCCAGAGGAGCUGUGGGUGCAUGAAGGAUGUAUAGUGUGGACAAGUGGAGUGUACCUAGUCAAUGGGAGACUGUACGGCCUGCAGGAGGCACUAGAUGGUGCCAGAGAAACAAGCUGCUCGUUCUGUGAGAUGGUCGGCUCGAUGCUGGGCUGCUACAGUAAAGGCUGCACACUCCGCUACCACUAUCUGUGUGCUAUCGAAGCAGACUGUUCUCUGAAUGAAGAUAACUUCUCGCUAAGGUGCCCGAAGCACAAGGUAAAGAAGGAGAGUUUGCCCAGAGCAUCCGGCCAGCCAAGUCAGUGUUUGUGGAGCAGUCAGAAAGAGGCUGAGGGCAACCUGGAGAAAGAAGAGCAGGAUUUGGGGAGCUGGUACCUUGGAGAGUAGGACAUUGGCAAAAUGUGAAGAGACUGGACUGUGUUUCAUCGAGGCGAACGACUAAAGGGAAUGUACAAUUUCUCAAACUGAAUCAGCAUUUUUUGCAUUUACAGGACAACAGAGAAAAAGAAACAUUUUUACCAGAGUCAUUGCUUGUUACUUAAAAGCAGAAACACAGAAACAACACAGAGGAACUUAGCUGAGAGAAAAAGACAGAAAAAACAAACUACAGUGAUCAAAGCGGGACAAAAUGAGACGUCGACUGACGGAGGAAUUAAAGCAGCUUUGUUGUAAAGAACAAAAGUGACAGACUUCUAGGCUUGUUUUGAUUUUCCAGGCAACCUUAAAAUGUUAAACUCUUAGUUAUCAUUUUCUGCGUCAUCCUUUACCUUUUUAUCUUUUGUUGGCUUUAUGGGGGUUGUAGUGGGAACAAGUUGGGUGUCAAGCCCAGAAAGUGAACUGGGAGAGUUGGUGUCAUUUUACCAGUUAGUAUUUUAUGUUACGGUAUUAGGAUGAUCACACUUAUUACUUUAGUCCUCAUUAUUUUGUAUCCUCAUCAGUAUUUACUUACGACAAUGAAAUGGAUGUAUCCGACUUUAUAUUCAGUCUGCACCUGAGUUCGAUUUUUAUUUUUUUAUACUUCUUCUUUCCCUAUUCCCGGAGAAGGAAGAGCCAGAGCGUCUGAUGUCUGGAAUGUCAGGGUCGAGUUUGCCACAAAGACAUUAUUGCCUUGGAGAGUGGACAUCUGUUGCCUUUAAAAAACAAAAGAAAAAAAAACAAGUUUUGAAUGAGUGAGGAUUGUGUGUUUGUGUGUGUGUGAGGAAAAAAAUGCUGAUAUUUGAUUCCAUUUUCUGGUCCUUUUUGAGAAGUGUUCUUAUUUUUCAUCACAGGGGUUUUUACGGUACAGAUAGUAUUCAUUAAAAAGAUCCGAUGGACAGUCUUAUUUUUCAAGAACAAAACGUUCAUAAUGUGCAAAGAGAAAGACUUGUAAGAGGAGGUGAUAACACUAUGGACUGAUGCUUGUUUGCCGUCUUUAACUGGAAGACCGAUGGAAGGACAGGACACAGAGGAGCUUUCGUACGUUGGUGAAACGUUUGAUUCAAACGGCACGCGUCAGUUCUGCAGAAUGAGAUGGAUCUGAACUUUGGAGACGUCACGCUAGUGGCCAUCUGUCCUGACCAACCGCAAGUGAGCCUAACCAUGUACUUUUGAGAGGUUUCCCACUUCAGUGAAGCAGCGGCAAAUGAAUUGGAAGAUGCGAAAUCCAUUGCCAUCAGAUUUCAAAGUGAGUCAUACAUGGUGUUGUCUUUAUUACUUUUUAUUGUUCUUGUACAAAAAAAAGGUCAAUCGGAAAGACAGUUACACUAUCAAAACCAUGCUGUAUUAGAAACCUGUCAAUAUGUAUAUGAAUUAUGAAUACACUUAAAAAUGCUUCAA